AUGGAUGCAGUCAACCUAUCCGAUUAUUGUAUGGGGUUAGAUGAAACGUUAGGUGCACCACCGAGCUUCGAUGACCUUUUCAAGGAAUUCUGCUGGGAUGAUGAGUUGGAUAAGUUAAACGUAGGCGCCAAAGGAAGUGUCUCCACUCCAACUAUUGGAUAUACGGCCACCAUCGAUCCCUGGGAGACCAUGACUAUUGAUCCCUCGAAGAUCAUGAAAAAUCCCUCGAACACCGUAGAGGAGACAUCAGAGACUCCAUCCAUUCCAUCACCCUUAACCGCAAGGGAGACCUCAGAGACUCCGUCUAUUUCAUCACCACCAACUCCGGAAUUCUCUGUACCUAUGCCUCUCCCUAUGCCUGUGUCUGUGGCUUCGUUCGUGGAUACUUCUCAGUGUCUAGGACCACCUCAAUCAACAUCCGACUUGAACAAGGCAUAUCCUCAAGUUUGCGCCUACAUAUCCAAACUUCAAGCACAACUGAAGACUCUUCAAGAUGAAAAGCUUCAACGAGAACAGGGCUUUCAGCAACAACAAGGCUUUCAGCAACCACAAGAGUCUCAAAUCCCGCAAAGAUUCCAGCAAAAUUGGCCUCAGCAACAAGCCUUCCAACAACGACACGGGCUCCAACAACCACUGGCACAAGGGUUACAGAUACCACAAAGCUUUCAGCAACAACACGGGCUUCGACGACCACUGGCACAAGAGUCUCAAAUACCACGACCGCGAAGCUUCCAGCAAUCAAAUGGGCUUCAGCAACAACGCCAUAAAUUCGUGCAAGAAGACCCAUCCUCCUAUCGGUCAAUCUCUUACAUGCCCUCUCCAAUAAAUGGCCACGUUGGCCCGUCUCAAAUCCUGCAAACACAAGCCCCGGUUGAACCUAAGCCUCAACCCCAGCCCACGUCACAGCCUCCGGCACCAAGAAUUUUCGAAUUCACCAACACAUUUCCUACGGAUUUUGUCGCCAACCCCCAUAACCACGCCCGAUUCUACAUCCGCGAAGAUGGGAGGUCGCUCUAUUUAAAUUCGUCCAAGGAAAGACAGAUCCAGUUCUUUCAAUAA